AUGCGUUUCUCUACCUUCUCCCUCCUCGCACUCGGCGCACUUAGCAGCGGCGUCACCGCAAGGUCUGGGCAUUACUUCGGCUACUGCCUCGACAAAAACAACAACGGCCUCCUCACUGUCUACAACGCCGCGAAGACUCAGAACGCGUGCAACAUCCACAGAACCCAAGUUGUCGACGGUGUACAGUGUCCGGACUGCGAGUAUAGAGACGACCCGAACAAGAAGGACGAUGAAAGGUGCUAUAGUCCCGGCGGAAAACUCGACCCCUUCACUUGGGAUAAGAUCUGUAUUAUUCGGGCCGAUGCCGCGGGUUCCGCUACAUCGGAUUAG